GAUCUAUCAAGACUUAGCACCUUAUCAUUUCCUGGCUCAACGAUUUGCUCAAGAAGGAACACUCAAGGGAUUUUCCUAUCGUUCCAGUCCAUCUGAAUCUGUGAUGUGAUCCCCCGAAGCUGGGCGGAAGUUGAUUUGGAAAGCAUACUCAAGUAAACCGGCGUCAAAGAGCUGCUUGCCUUCUUCCUAAUGGAUGAACUAGAGGCUGCAAAGGCCAAGCAACACUCUUUACGCGAGCGUCUCGCAGCUCGCCGUGAACAGCGCCAAAAUUUACUUGCAAGGGUUGUCUCGGGCCAGUCAUCUGCGGUUAACCCCACGUUUGGAGUCCCGGCUGCAUUUGGAACUUCUUUGUUCCCGUCGAGUAUCCUAUCGAAUCAAAAAGUUCUUACCGUUAUUGAUUCAGCCCAGACUAUCCAACCAACUUCUGAUUCCCUUCCAGUUAAGAGCACUAACCUUAUCGAUCAAGAAGAUACCCGUGUUUCAUCGCAUUUCAUCUCGUCUGGCGUGUCCACAGUUUCAGAUUCUGUUCCUAUAUCAAGCACAAUAACAUCCACCAUUCCAACUGAACCUAUCCCCGCCAACGGUUCCUCGUCAGUUGGAGAAUCUGCGCCGCCCAAAACAGAUUUGAAGAAGGUUGCCUCAGAAACCCAGGUUUCGCAAGCCGCUCGGAGUUCGAGGCAUGGCAGAGAUUUCGGUGAAAAACGUAAGCUGACUCCACAGCGGUCAGAAUUCGAUGAGCCUGGUGGACCAAAGAGAUCCAUGCUUGCAAAAUCCUCCUCAACAACUAAUCUUACGGCUGGUUCCACAGUACAUGAAGACGCGAAAGCAUCCCCCAAGGUUAUGGAUGAGCUGGUAGAUUUGUUGGCAGCCCAGACAGCACGGGAAAAGGAAAGCAACCGGGCUCGUGAGGAGAUUCUGGAAUUGCUGAACACCCCUUCUACAAAAGAACGAUACCUCAGUGAACGGUUUCGAUCCCAGGGAGGUAGCCAAGUACAACAAUUUUGCGCACAAGGAACCCGCAUCGAGUGCUCCAAGUACAAGGAAAGAACCGGAAACCACGAACCAUGCACGAAACUUCACUUUCGUAAAAUGAUUCGUCCGCACACGGAUGAGUCACUCGGUGAUUGCUCCUUCCUCAACACCUGUUUCCAUGUGGACACUUGCAAAUAUGUCCAUUACACAAUCGACUACUCCGGUCAGCCUACAGCGCUUGCAUCACGUGCACGAUCCAAUCCUGCCAAUGCGUCCACUGGACCGUCCAAUGUAAAUGGAGUUGGUGCUGGGGAGUCUGCAUCGGAAAACGAUACUCCCACGACUCUAUAUCCUCCACAGUGGAUCAAUUGUGAUAUUCGGUUGAUCGAUAUGUCCGUGCUGGGGAAAUUCGCUGUCAUCAUGGCCGACCCCCCAUGGGACAUCCACAUGGAACUACCAUAUGGGACCAUGUCCGACGAUGAGAUGAGACGUUUGGACAUCCCUUGUUUGCAAGACGAUGGAUAUAUUUUCCUGUGGGUAACCGGUAGAGCUAUGGAACUUGGACGGGAGUGUCUUCGAUUGUGGGGUUACAAACGCGUGGAUGAGAUUAUCUGGGUGAAAACCAAUCAACUUCAACGUCUCAUCAGGACCGGUCGCACUGGGCAUUGGUUGAAUCAUGGGAAGGAACACUGUCUUGUCGGUGUGAAGGGCAACCCGCAGGGAGUUAAUCGAGGUCUGGAUUGUGACGUGAUCGUCUCAGAGGUACGUGAGACGAGUCACAAACCAGACGAAAUCUACGGUAUCAUUGAACGACUCUCGCCAGGCACAAGGAAACUUGAGCUGUUUGGACGACCACACAAUUUGCAGCCGAACUGGAUCACAUUGGGCAAUCAAUUGGACGGCACGUACCUCGUCGACCCCACUGUGGUGGAACGAUUCAAGAAACAGUAUCCGAAUGGGUUCCAGGUAAAGGAAACGUGAAGGCGGCUGCGGCGAGCGCAAUUCGGAUACCGCUGUACAUAUGCAUUGAUUUCGAGUUGUAAAUAAAAGACGAUCGUCACAUCAUGCACUUGUGUUACAUGGGUCCAGAUCGGAUGGCUCGAGCGACAUCCGAAGACCCCACUCAAUCCAAGGCAUUUGGAGGAGCUGUUUCGCCGAUGGCCUCUUGCUGGGUUCAAAAUGAGUGCACGCGGCGUAUACAUCUCGCAUUCCCUGGCUUGGAGGCUUUUCGUUUGUGUCCAGCUAUGUGAUCAAAAGGAAAAUAAACGGUGGUUAAUUGACAGCGG